AAUCAGACCUUCCGUAGGAUUAACAAUCUGGCCUACCUGCUAACAGACACUUGACUAUAAGAUUACAACUGACUUAAACUGUCUUUAUCUAAAAAAGGACGUAUAUAAUCAGCCCAGUACCAUGGGUGAACGACUGAAAGACCCCAAUAAGAGCUUUGCAUGUCUUUACUCUGACUGCAAGGCUUCUUUCUCCAAGUCCUGGAAACUGGAGGCUCAUUACUGCAAACACACUGGAGUGGUUCAUCAUGGUUGUCUCCAUGUCCCUCUCCAGAGGCCGUUUGCUUGUGACAGCUGUACUAAGAGCUUCUGUACCCGGUAUCAGCUCACCCGCCAUCAGCUGAGCCACAGAGGAGAGACCCCUCACCUGUGUUCAGUGGACGGCUGCGCCGAGGCCUUCUCCACCAUCGGCAGGCUGAAGAACCACGUCUCGCGCGCGCACGAGAAAGAGCAAAAGCGCUAUGUGUGCAACUAUGAAGGGUGUGGCAAGGAGUUCUGCAAGAAAAGGCAACUGAAGACCCACCAUUGUGAACAUACAAACGAGCUUCCUUAUGAAUGCAAAUUUGAGGGCUGUGGGAAGAAGUAUGCUGCCUCCAAAGCUCUGAAAAAGCAUGAAAAAAUGCACAACGGUUAUCCAUGUGCUGAAGAGGGCUGUCUCUUCAAGGGAAAGACUUGGACCGAAUAUCAGGCCCACAGGAAAGCAGAGCACAGAGAGAUCUUGCAGUGUGGAGACUGCAAGAAAGUCUUCUAUGUCGCCUGGUUCCUGCUGAAGCAUAAACAAUUUGUUCACUCUGGUGAACGCCGUGUAUUUAAAUGCACCAAGGAGGGGUGUGAGAAAACCUACACCACCAACUUCAAUCUACAAAACCAUAUUCUCUCUUUCCAUGAGGGCAAGCGCCCUUUUAUUUGCUCUCAUGCUGGAUGUGGCAAAGCAUUUGCCAUGGAAAAAAGUCUCAAGCGACAUGGUGUGGCUCAUGAUCCUAACAAGAAAAAAAUGCAGAAGACCAAGCGGAAGAACGUUCCAUCAAAGGCUAAAGCUUCAGAUGCAUCUGCAUUGUCAGCACGUUUGAAGAAUGUCUCUUUAAACAAAGCUGCAUCUCAGAAUAAUCCAUCCCCAUGACUGCCCACAGGACCAGCAAUCAAAAUGUCCCAUUUAGUAUUGAAUUUUCAGUUUCUGUAUUGAUUUCAGUUUAACCCCAUGCUAAUAAACCCACACUUUACUGCA